AUGUUGACAUUUUUUAGGUUUACAAGUAUUGUUCAUGAAGUUGUUGGACGAGGUGGACGAUGUCUCAUCCCUGCUUUUGCUCUUGGUCGGGCUCAGGAAUUGCUGCUUAUUUUAGAUGAAUAUUGGGAGGCUCAUCCUGAGUUACAAGAUAUUCCAGUAUAUUAUGCAAGCUCGCUGGCGAAAAAGUGUAUGGCUGUAUAUCAGACAUUUGUAAGUGGAAUGAACAGUCGCAUACAGAAACAAAUAGCACUGAAUAAUCCAUUCGUUUUUAAACAUGUUUCCAAUUUAAAGAGUAUCGAUCAUUUUGAAGAUGUGGGUCCAUGUGUUGUACUUGCAUCGCCAGGCAUGUUGCAGAAUGGUCUCAGCAGAGAGCUGUUUGAGAACUGGUGUACAGAUUCUAAAAAUGGUUGUAUCAUAGCUGGUUACUGCGUCGAAGGGACACUUGCUAAGCAUAUUUUAUCAGAGCCGGAGGAAAUUGUUGCAAUGAACGGACAAAAAUUGGCUAUGCGGUUGCAGGUUGCUUAUAUCAGUUUCUCGGCACAUACAGAUUAUACCCAAACAUCGGAUUUCAUCCGUGCUCUUCGUCCGCCGCAUCUUGUGUUGGUGCAUGGGGAAAUGAAUGAAAUGAAUCGUUUGAAAGCAGCAAUCAUAAGGCAGUAUGAAGAUGAAUCCGAUUUUCACAUCGAGGUAUAUAAUCCUCGAAAUACUGAAUCAGUUGAAUUGCAUUUCAGAGGAGAAAAAACUGCGAAGGUUGUUGGAAAAAUGGCGAUGACAACACCAGGAGAUGGGCGAAUUUUGAGCGGUGUCUUGAUUCGACGAAAUUUUAAUUAUCACUUGAUGCAUGCCGAUGAUCUUAGCGCAUACACGGAUUUGUCAAAUAGUAUCUUGACACAACGAGAGAGUGUCUUCUACAGUGGUACGAUUACAUUAUUGCUUCAUAAUUUGCAACAAGUGGCUGGUGAUGUAAGCUAUGAUGAAAUCGAUUCCAAAGAUACUUUAGACCCUACCUAUGCCAUCAAACUGUUUGAUGAACGGAUCCGUGUGUUAGUUUAUUACUCACAACAUGUCGCCAUUAUUGAAUGGACAUCAAAUCCAGUAAGCGAUAUGUUCGCUGAUGCAACUUUAGCCGCAAUUUUGCAUGCACAGACAAAUCCGGUACCUGAUAAAAGUCUUGCAAAAUGGAGCGUAAAACCUAAUGAAGUGGAAUGCUUGAUGAAGACGCUGGCUGAGCUGUGUGGUGACCAAGCAGUUAUCCAGAUGACCGCUAAUGCAAUUGAUUUAGCAGUAGAUGGGAAAGAAGCUAAAAUAGACUUAGACACAAUGCGUAUUUCAUGUACUGAUCAACUGUUGCAUCAUUUGAUCUCCUCCGUAUGCCAGAAAAUGAUGAAUUCGCUACUGCCGGUUUGCACCGUGACAGUCGCAAAGUAA